AUGGGGUGGGUAGGUUCAACCACAGCCAUCUUCAACACAGCCAGUUCGCUUGCAACCGGCGGUGCGGCCUCGUUAGAAGCGGAAACCAAGACCUCUGCAUCGAACCUGGUCACACAGUACAGCCAACAAUGUAGUGAGACUAUUACCCACAUCCUUCGCCGGUACUCGGAGGAGGUGCAACGCGAGAAGCCGCAUCUUCGCUUUGCCUUCUUGACGGAGCUCAACCCUGACACCCCCCUCUCCGAUGACUACACGUGGGUCAUUGACCCCAUCGACGGCGCCAUUUCGUUCUUGCAUGGGUUACCCGACUGCUGCAUCAGCAUUGGGCUCACCUACCGAAAGCAGCCGGUCCUGGCAGUGGUGUUUACACCUUUCAUUAGCUCUGGUGUUCGGCUCACCGUAGCGGCUGCGGCGGUGCUGAAUGCUGUGCAGCAGCAGCAGCAGCACCAACAGCAUCAGCAGUUGGCCUCGUCUCCGGCUUCAUCAGUCACCACCGCUGCAGCUCCUGGUGCCCAGAGUAGCCUCGUUGGGGCCUCCCCCCUCACCCCACCGGGCACCAGCAAGAUCAAGAAGACGGAUGAGCCCGAGGCUUCCGCCGCGCCAGCCAUUGCACUGCCUCCGGCGCUAUCGGCGCCGCUGCUCACUUCGCUCUCUAGGGCGUCUGCAUUGCCGCACACAGUACCCAUCAUCACGCACACUACGGCGAGCGUCGUGCCAGAGUGCAACGGCGAGCUCUUCACGGCCAUCAAGGGCCUUGGCGCCUUCGUCAAUGGGCGGCAGAUACGCGUAAACGCAAAGGCUGUGCCGACCACGUCCGUUGUUGUGUUCAACCACCCUUGCGGUGUGAUGCUGUCGACGCCCGAGGCGGUCAACCCCGACAGCGCGAUCGUUCGUCGACGCAAGUACGACGCCGUCAUUGACUGCAGCGUGGCCAUGCGUGAGGAGCUGCUUCGCUUACCGGUAACGGCGCUACGGUGCUCUGGCAGCUGCGCGACGACCCUCGCGCACGUGGCGGCUGGACGCGUGGACGCGUAUCUUGAGCCGGCCGGUAAGAUAUGGAAUGUUUGUGCCGGAUCGCUGCUCGUCGCCGAGGCCGGCGGCGUUGUAUACAACAUGCUCGGCAGGCCGCUCGACAUGGCACAUGACGCCACCAUCGUGGCCGCGGCGACGCUAGAGAUGGCCGAGUUGAUGACGGAGAAGUGCGUGCGGCACGGCUUUGGUCAGUACUGGUUGCCUGAGACUGAGUGA